AUGACUGACCUCGAACAAGAUCCUAUCGUAGCGUUCCAAAAGAGGUGGUACAUGUACCUGGCGCUGAUUUUUGCGUUUAUUCUGCCGUCAUUGAUACCUUAUUGGUGCUGGGGCGAGACGGUAUGGUGUGCAUGGUACGCCAAUAUAUUUAGAUGCUUGCUUAUCAUGCAUCUUGCCUUUAUGAUUAAUUCUGUGGCUCAUAGAUGGGGUUCAAGAACAUAUACGAAAUCGAACUCGUCCUGCGACAACGUAUCCGUUGCCAUAGCGACGUUUGGUGAAGGCUGGCACAACUAUCAUCAUGCUUUUCCUUGGGACUAUCGUUUGAGUGAGUUCGGAAAUUAUAAUAUCAGUAUUGGUACAGCUUUCAUUAAUCUCUGCGCUUUUCUGGGAAUGGCUUACGAC